AUGCUGUUUCUUUUUAGUGAUUAUUUGCAGGCGUGGUUGGAGCUCGCGCGCAACGUCUGUCUGCUGUACAACUCAUAUCGGUUCCGUUCGCCAGUGUGGUUGAGUCUGAUGAACGAGAAGGAAUAUGAGUGCACGGCGAAUAAUUUCUGUGCCAAUUUGGCAACACUGAUCUACGAGUACGACCUGAAGUCGACCCGAUACUUCGUAUCGACGCUGUUGUCGAGUGUUCUGAUGAACCAUCUGGCGUGGGUUGCGAGUGUGGCGCCCCCGGAACACUGCAAGGAUGCGCAUCGUUCGCUGCUAAUGGGAACGAGCGGAAGUUCGGAUUGUAUGCGAUAUCCAUACAAUACACAUCUCGCGCAGUACAUGGAAGUGAGCGGAAGUGUUGGUGGCGCGACGCGUUUAGCUCGAACCGUCAUUAUCGGAAAUGAUAUGAAGCUUGUCACACAUUUGCUCUAUGUGCUCACAUAUUUUGUUCGAUGUUCGGUAGUUCAGCCAAAUCCAAAUAAAGCGGACAAAUGGGAUUGCCAGCCAGAACUGAGGUCCUUUUCGCCAACCGAAUCUGGUGACGGUGAUAUUGCACAUUCGAGUACUAAAUACAUUCUGAAGGAAGAAGGUAUGCCAUUAAAUAUCAAAAAUGCUAGCCUGUUUUUGCAGGCUUCGCAAGUUAGAGAUUUUACUGGGGUGCUCCCAAACGCUAAGCACAGCUAUAUUGCCAAAUAUUUUUGA